CUUUCAUGGGGUUUUUGACCUAUUUUUUUAGCAACAACAACAAAGGCAUUAAUAAUAAGCAGAAUGAAGAAGAGGUAAUUUAAUUUUAUAUGUAGAUUUGGAUAUAUGAUUUGGUUUAUGAACAUCUUACAUCCCCAAUCUGGAAAAUUGCUAUUAUGGAAUUCGUAGAUGAGAAUUGCAUUAUUUUUGAUGAUGAAGAACAAUACACGCUAGAAUAAGAAUAGAAAUUCCAAUAAUUUAAGGAAUUGAUAUCUUCAUAAUUUGAUAAUAUGUUGAAUGAAUAUGGAUUAACCAAUUAGCAAUUGACCAAACAAAUCUUAAUAGGAUUGGCACAUCCCCAACAUAAGAAUAUCUUCUAAUAAAUAAUAGCAAUAAAUGAUUACAGAAUUUUCAGAAAAUAAAUGAUAACGAGAAAUAAAGAAUUAGAGUUGGAAGCAUUGGAGGAACUAGAAAAAUAGGAUAGAAUUAAAUUAUAAUAAUAACAACAUUUGAAUAUUUAGUAAUACAUAAAUAUAAUAUUACUUAAGAUAGCCAGCAGCAGAAUUUGAUUAGCAUUUUGAAUUAAAACGAUUGCAAAUAGAAAAAGAAAAGGCAGAAUUAGAAUUGGCUAUUGAUUUAUCAAAAAAAGCAGAGGAUGAGCAGAAGCGUCUUAUGGAAAUAUAAAAUGAUGAAUUCCUCAAUAAAAUACUAGAGCAAAGCUUGCAAGAAUUCAAGUAACUGUAUUUAUGAAAUAAUUAAAGUGAAUUGCAAAAGAAGUUGGAAAUAGUUCAAAAAAGAGAAUCAGAACUCAAAUCAUAACCCCAAUACAAGUAAUCAGAAAUCUUCAAGUCUAUCAAGAAUGUUAAAUAUCCGUCAUUUACAAGUUAUACCUAAAGACAGGAGGAGAAAUACGAUUAGAAUCAGAAUCAUAUUAAUUAAGAGCCUUAAAGCAGUCAUAUAGUUCAUCAAUAGGACUUUCAAAAUGAUUUUCAUCAAGUCUAAUUAGCAAAGGAUUAUUCAUUUAAACCUCCAGUAAUUGAGAGGGUGAGCUCGGAACUAAUAGACGAAAGUGCUAUAAUACCCAAUGAGGCUAUGCAUGAUCAAAGGCUAAAGAUGGAACAAUAAAAGAAUAUCCUAAUUAGAAAGAAAAAUGAAAUCAUUAAAUCUGAGUUACUGAAGUUUGAAUAGGAUAAAAAACCCUAGACAAUAAAUUAGGUAAUAAUGUUUUAAAUUAAUUCUUAGACGUAAUAUUAAUAGAAGUGAUCAGGCA